AUGGCUCCUUCUUUUGCUCCAUCCUUUUCAACCCCAAAAUUGAUACAUGAAUAUGAGGUUUUCGUUAGUUUUCGUGGGGCAGAUAACCGCACAGGAUUCACCAGCCAUCUCUUUGCCGCUUUAGACCGCAAAACGAUUCAUGCCUUUAAAGAUGACAUAAACCUCCCAGGAGGGGAAAAGAUUGGGCCUGAGUUAUUAAGGGCAAUUGAGACGUCAAGGAUUGCAGUUGUGGUGUUCUCAAAAAAGUAUGCUACUUCAGAUUGGUGCUUGGAUGAAUUGGUGAAGAUCAUGGAAUGCAAAAGGGUGUUCAAUCAAAGGGUGUUCCCUAUUUUCUACAAUGUGUCUCAACCCGAGGUGCUAGAACAGAAGGGGAAUUUUGCCGAGCUCCCAAAUGGCCCUGAAGACAAGAGGAACAGUUGGAGAGCUGCACUGACAGAGGCCGCAAACUUGGCAGGCUUGCAUUUUGUAACAAAAUAG